UUAAACAGUCAUAACGUCUUCGCCAGCCUUGGAAAAUAUCGCGAGUUUGAUGACAGCUUCGAAGAAAAAAAGAUGGCGGCUCUCACAGCAUCAGCGCAAACGAACGAACAAAUGGAUUAUUUUUUAAAUCCCGUUUGCACAACCGACCAAAACAACGAAUCUUUUUCAUCAGAUUCUGGGAAACUACAUGACUAUGUAGUGAAUUUCCUAGAAAAUGAGAUCGGCAGCGACCUGAAAUCCUUGAAGAAUGCUGGCGACUUGAUGGAAAAAUUGAGACAGGAAAAUUACGUGCUGGAGGGACAGGUUCUGACUGCAUCCAGUUCUGUACCUCCUAAAGUUUCUGCAGCUCUUUCUGCUGCUGAGGAGGCUAGAUGUUCACUGGAGGAUCUGCUGCAGAGAGAGCGAAGUAUUUGGAACCUGUUGAACCAGCACCUUCAAGGAGCCCAGCCUUUGAUGGAUAAUCUCAGCCAGAUGCUUAACCAAAUCGGCACUAUUGAAAGACACAUGAAAUACCUACGGUGCCUGCAACAUAUAGAGGAACUCAGUGCCGCAGUCCAGCAGUGUCUGAUGACAAGCAGUGUCUGGGAGGCCAUCAGGGCAAUAGACAGCAUGGCUGCACUGGAUGUUGGAUUAAACCAGUCUCGGUGUUCUAAUCUCCAGGACUUUCUCAGAGAAACACUUCAUUUCUGGCACAAGAUCAUCAAAGACCGACUGGCCAGUGAUUUCGAGAAAGUGUUGACUCAACUUCACUGGCCGAUCAUCUCCCCUCCUACUCAGUCACUGAUCCCCACUGCCAAUUACCAGGAAAUCAACAGCCAGCUGGAACUGCUUGUCACACAGUUGCUUGCUUUGCAGACCUCUGAUGACCUCCUAUCUCAGAGUGCUAUGGCCUCUUGUGUACCCUCUACACAGCCGGUUUCUUUAACCACCCCUCCGUCCCAAUCUUCUCUCCUCUGUCUUCCCAUUCAGAUCAUGCUGCUGCCACUCAGCAGGAGAUUCAGAUACCACUUCUAUGGGAAUCGACAGACUAACUCCCUCAGCAAGCCAGAGUGGUACCUCACACAGGUUUUAAUGUGGAUGGGCAACAGCUCGACAUUCAUGGAGGAAAAGAUCCAACCUAUCCUGGAGCGAGCUGGGGCCUCCAUCAGUGCCAGGGUGGAGCUGUGUCGAGGCCUCUUGUCUCUAGUUCAAGAGAAAGUGGCCAGCGACGCUUCUAGGCUUCUGUAUGAUGAUGUGCUAUUUUGUCACUUUGUGGAAGAGGUGUUGCAAUUUGAGAAGGAGCUACGAAUCAACCAGUCUUAUCCUGCAGUGCUGCCUGGUCUGGUUCACCUUAUGCUUGAGGAUGCAAUCCUUCAGAAGUGGCUCACCGUGGAAAAAAAGAUGGCAGUAGAGAAGAUGGAUGCCAUGCUGUCGGCUGAGGGAGCUUGGAGUUCUCAAUACAAAGAUAUCAGUGAUAUGGAUGAGCUGAAAGCUCCAGUUUGUGCUGAAACUUUCAUGACUCUGCUACAGGUCAUUACUGACCGGUACCGGGUCUUACCCUGUCCUUCUGCACAGCUGAAGUUUCUGGGGCUCCAGAGAGAGCUGGUGGAUGACUUCCGCAUACGACUGACCCAGGUGAUGAAGGAAGAGUCUCGCUGCCCGCUGGGUACCCGUUAUUGUGCCAUUCUUAAUGCUGUCAACUACAUUUGUGCCAUCCUGGGAGACUGGGGAGACAAUGUGUUUUUCCUGCAGCUUCAGCAGGAAGCAGUUUCACUUGGUGAAGAAGUAGUACUUGGAGGCCUAGGAGUGAAGGAACUUGGUCGACUGGCUUCUCUGGAGGGCUCUGUAUUUGAAGGUCUGUUGGCUUUGCUGGAUCGACUUAAAGGAGACAUGAUGGGACGACUCCUGGAAUGGACCAUGAGAGAAAUCACAGAAAAAGCUAAACCAUACUGUCAAGACAGGUGGUUGUCCCUGCCAUCCCAGCAUGAUCAGUCCGCCAUGUCCCUGUCCAGCUCAGCAUGUCCAAUGAUGCUUUGUAUGAGGGACAGAUUGUUGAACCUUCAUCAGGUUCUGAGUCUUUCUUUGUUCCAUCUGGCCUGGCAGGGCCUGGCUGAGAGACUUGACAGUUUUCUGUACCAGGAUGUGAUCCUGUCUAAUCAUUUCAGUGAGGGUGGGGCAGUUCAGCUUCAGUUCGACAUGACCAGAAACCUAUUUCCUCUCUUUGGUCACUACUGCAAAAGACCGGAGAACUUCUUUAAGCAUGUUAAGGAGGCAUGUAUCAUCUUGUGCCUUAAUGUGGGCUCUGCUAUUCUGCUAAGGAAUCUCCUGAAAGAGUCAGAGGAGACGAGAGAUGGGGUAGGCUCAGGGGAUCCUUCACCAGAGUCUGCAUUGCAUGAGCUGGGAGUGUACUGCUUGGCAUCCUCUGAUGUGUUGGUUCUUCUCAACCUCAGAGCCUCCUGGCCUGGACAGUAACAAUUUUUCCUGGUAUUUGUUGGCAUGGAGUGUCCAUUACAUUGAUUGCUUGACAUUUGUUUUUACUCCAUUUUUGUCAUUAUGUUUAGUUUUCUUUGUAAACAAGACACAUAAUAUUUGUCAAGUUAGGACAGGACUAUUAACACAUAGUGUUUUAUAAGUUGAUGAAUUGUCAUUGUAUGUAUAUUUUUUGGGGACCUACUUGCCCAUCACCUCAGUUGACUGAAGUACAUCACAGCAAUGUAUUAAUAACAGUUAUUUUUUUCGAAUGGAUUACCGUGUGUAAUAAACCUUGCUGGCCUAUAAGCCUUCAGUUGCCUAUUAACUACGAUUAAUGGAUUUUUUAAUGGUUUCCUUGCAUGUGCUAUGAUGUUGUUUAUUUUAUUUGUUUUAUGUUUGUAUUUCUCUAAAUAACACAGCUGCCCAGAAGGGUGUACUAUAUAAAGAGAUUAAUGGGUUAGUGAAGUAUGUUGACUCUACAGCUAGGGUUUUUUUGUUGCUCUCUGUGUUGUAACAACUAUUAGACAUGACAAUAUUUUUUGAUGACAGAGAUUGUGAAAAGGCUGCACAGACAAAUUAAAGUUAAAAUUAAAGUUAGAAAUACAGUACAGGAA